AUGUCAGAUUUACUACUUUCAAAACCCCUCCAGCUACAAUGCGGUCUCACCCUCCCCAACCGUCUCAUCAAAGCCGCCCUCGCUGAGGAAAUGGCCGACGGGCAGAAUCUUCCCACGACAGCACAGAUGGAACGCACAUACGGUGCCUGGGCAGAUGGAGGCUGGGGUAUGGUUAUGACGGGAAACGUCCAGGUUGACAACAAAUAUCUCGGUGGCUUUGGCGACUGCUCCAUCAGCACUGAUCUUCCUGAAGAAAAAGUCCUGGAGGCGUACAAACAUUUCGUUGGCAUUUGUCGUAAAAAUGGCGUUCCUACGCUCAUGCAGAUCAACCAUCCCGGACGUCAAUCUCCUCUUGGAGCAGGAACGAAAUCUUACAUGGCUAAGAAUCUUGCUCCUAGCGCCGUGCCGUUGAAAAUUGGCGAUGAUAUCAUUUCAAAGAUUAUCUCGACUGUGGUCUUUGGUACACCAAAAGAAAUGUCCAUCGCAGAAAUCGAAGACGUCGUUCAGCGCUUUGCCAAAACGGCCCGUAUCGCAUCAGAGGCUGGUUUCGACGGUGUUGAAAUUCACGCCGCGCAUGGAUAUCUUCUAUCUCAGUUCUUGUCGGAGAAGAGCAACAAGAGAACCGAUCAAUACGGAGGAACACCAGCAGCCAGGGCAAAGAUCAUCGUCGAUGUCUGCAAAGCCAUUCGUGCCGCGACGCCAGCGACUUUCUGUGUUGGUCUGAAGUUUAACUCUGCGGAUCAUCAGUCUCCAAAGGAACUUGAGGAGUGUUUGGGGCAGAUGGCGCUUAUUGCAGAGGUUGGCCUUGACUUUUUGGAAGUCAGCGGCGGAAGCUGGGAGAACCCAACCAUGUUCACAGGAACAGGCGAAAAGAAAUCCGCCAGCACAGCAGCGCGCGAAUCCUUCUUCCUCGAAUUCGCUCGUGAAAUGCGCGCCAAACUUCCCAACACUCCCUUAAUGGUAACAGGAGGAUUCCGCACGCGUGCAGGAAUGGAAGCUGCUCUGAGCGAAGGCGCUUGCGAUUUGAUUGGUCUCGGGCGACCUGCCAUUGUGAACCCGUUUUUGCCAGCGAAUCUCAUCUUGAAUAAGGAGGUCAAGGAUGAUGAUGCGAGGGUUUAUGCAAAGAGGAUUCAGACGCCUUGGUUGCUGAAGAAAUUUGGGCCGAAGAGUAUUGGCUCUGGUGCUGAGAUUGUUUGGUAUAGGAAGCAGUUGCAGUCGAUUGGGAAGUAA